CGAAUAUUUACAUUUUAAUUAUCUUUAUUCAUUGUUAUCAGUUAACAAUUAUACAGUAAUAAGUUGAAUUGCAAAAAGAGAAAGAAUGACAAGUGGACCACAACCUCAUAAUCUAAUAGGACCUUCAUUGGUCAAUAGAGGAGGUAAAGCGAUGGACUCAUUUUUGGACGCAUUUUUCGCUUUGGAUACAGAUAAUCGUGAAGUGAUAUCAUUGAAUGACUUAAGUUCAUAUAAUAAAAAACAUGGCCUACAAGAUAGUUUUCCAGAAACAUUUCUUCGUCGGUUUGAUGCUGAGAAAACUGGUGUUAUAACAUUAGAACAAUAUUGUAAAGCAUUAGGUCUUGUUCCAAAACAAGCGCGCGAGAUACGAAGACGACGUACAACAGUAUUAUUAGAACAAUUAAUGCCACGUGAUUUAGAAACGAUAUACGAUGAUAUGGAUUUAGAAAUGAAAGUUAAAGUUAUGGAAUUAUUUAUUGAUGAUCUACGUGAAUCUGGUCGUAAAACAAAUAUUGAUAUGGAGAAAUUAGAUCAAGCUAUGCAACGUUUAAAAGAAUAUUUUGAUACACGUUAUGGUAAAUCAUGGCAUAUUAUAACAUCGGUUAAUCAACAUUUGGGAAGAUUUAGUUAUGAACCAAAUACAUUAUUUCAUUUUUGUUUAGGUAGAUUCGCUGUAUUAAUAUGGAAAACACCAUGUUCUGCCUAAUUUAUUCUCAUAAUGAUUGAAUGAUUAAAAACUAUUUUAAAAUAAACCAGUUAAAAAGACCCUAUUAACAAUAAUAUUCAAUUUGUUCUUUUAUUCACUUUUUUGAAAUUUAAAUGUUACUACUUUAAAUUAUAUGAGUAGUUUCUUGUAAUAUUGAAUUAUUUUCUCCCCUAAUUCUGUAUGUAUUCUAAAAACUUCUGAUAUAAUUUUAUUUCAAAGGCAAUUAGGCUUUCUUUUAUAACUAUGCAUAUACAUGUAUUACCUUUGUGAAGUUGAAAUAUGUUACACUGAGAUAAAUUAAUCAAACGUAAGACAAGUGCACAUGCAGGUACUACUACUACUACUACUACUACUACUACUACUACUACUA